AUGGCUGCUGGCACCUGGCUUGAUCUGCUUCGUACAAUGCGGAUCACACUGUUCGUGACUGCCGCUCUACUUCUUGGACGAACGAUAGACAAACUAACCAGUCCCGAUCUGGACCCGGAACUCCUCAGUCUGGGUUCAUUCUAUAUCCCUUCGGCGUCGUUGAGGUGCUCGGAAUCACGAUCAAUCAUCAAUGAUACCCCUCCCUUGCUUGAUUACUUCCUUGUACAACCAUACAAAAACCUGACUGCAAUAAAAGCAUUACCAAACCUGACUAGGAUUCAUUGGCCUAAGCCGGUCGUAGCCAAAUCCCCCGCUGGGUCUUGGUUUUUAGACGGCAAAAUCCGGCAGCUCCCUGAACCGUUUGAACCGGUCAUGACCAGAGGACAGAUCGCUCUAUCUCGAAAACUGUUGGACAUAUUUUCGGACAUGAUGUUUUCUCACGGCUACGGUGAUCGAUUUUGGCUGAACGGUGGUACACUGGUCGGUUCAUUUCAUCAUCAUGAUUUCAUACCGUGGGAUGACGAUAUUGAUGUACUGGCCGAUGCGGAUCUGCGACCCACAAUACAGAAAAUGCUCGGACAGUUGGGACCGGAAUACCGUUGGUACGCGAUGUGGGAACGUGAUAAAUUGUUCACUAAACCAAUGAAUGAUUCUCAAAGUGAUUUGGAUUUAGAAUUCAGUCGUGUGACUUCUGACAAAGGUUGGGCUUGGCCAUUUCUCGAUAUCGGUUACUAUCGUGUCGGGCCGACUCACACCUGUGUUCAUUUAUUUCACCCGGGUCACGGAGUGUGUUUCCCUAAUUCGGCCAUUUUCCCGCUCAUCUACCGUCCAUUUGGAAAGGCGUGGUAUCCGGCACCAUCUAACAUCCCGAAAUAUCUACGUGCCGUUUAUCAGAUGCGAAGCAGUUGUGUCACAUUUGGCUAUUCGCACGUAUUCGAAAUCGGCUCCGCUUAUGCCCGAGUUCCGUGUUACACUUUGGCCGAUAAGUACGCAUUCAUUCGACACUGUCCCAUGCGAUCGAACUCGGUGAAAAGCACCAAUUCCACUUUGGUCGAGCAAUUUGUCAUGAAUGAGGAACGACUGAUGGAGAGCACUCCGUCUGGGUGGAAAGUUGUACAUACCAUACAGAUUCCGAUAAAAGAUGAAUUGACAUCGUGUCAAGGGUACGGACUACCAGAACCUCGGUAA